GUCCACGCACGAAUAUGUCACGAAAUGAUCUGCGCCCGUUCAGUUAGCAAUGUGAUGACGUCGCCGGCUUAUGUAUAGCUCGAAAUUGUGCAUCAGCUGUGCAGAAUUUCGCAUUGUUCUGAGGCUCGAUCGAGAGGCGCGACGAGAUCAAGUGCGCGACUCCAACAACCUGCAAUUUUUUUGACGAGGUUAUGCACCAUCGUUAAUGGCAAUUUCGAAUUUCGACGAGCCGAUCGUUCGUAUGUGUGCCUAGGGUCGUUGUACCGUGUCUGCAGCGUCGUAUGUGGCAGUGUGUGCCUCGAUAACGGAAUCACGCGCAGUGUCUGUAAUAGAAAAAACUUGUGGUUUCCGUACAUUCAGCAACGUAGCAACAUACUUGGAGAUUCCAGUGUGUUGCUUAGUACUGUAAACAAUGGAGGGCAGCGAUGCAACGAGAUAGCAUCGAGCGAACGAGACGAUGUUUACAUUGCUGACGUCCAAAGGCGAGUGACAGGCAAAUAUGUAUUUUCCAGUUGGAUGGCCACGAGUACUCAACAUUCCAGAAGUCAACAAAAUAUGCUCCAUAAUUUGCAAUCGCGAUAAGAUACUAUUUGGCGUACUAUUUACCGAUGCCAUUGGCAUUUGGUGUUGCGACCCUUGCAUACCGCUCGUUUACCAAAGACGUACGAAAGACUGCCUGGACAAGUACGGACAGAAUGUCACCUUCGAGUGGAGGCCGGAUUCGAGCAUGCUCGUAGUUGCCACUGCAGAGAGCUACCUGCUGUUCUAUCAUCUUGUGGAGGAUAAUGCUAGUCUUUGCUACGAGCAGAUCAAUUCUGUCAAACAAAGUAAAAAGUGUGCCGAAUUCAUUAUUAAAGAUUCCAUUCCUUCUAUUAGCAUUAAAUUUGAUACAAGUGUAUGGAUAGAUGGUGGUAUCAGUGCCUUGGUAUGUAUACGAGAUGAACUUAUGAUAGCAACUAAAUCAAGUUUUGUGAUUCGACAUAAAUGGAGUGGUGGACAAAAUAGAGAUUAUACGCUGGAUCUUAGAAGAAUACCGUUCAGUGUUGAUCAGCAAAUGUCCACAGCCGCCGUGCCACUUACUAGUGCUAAUGUGUAUAUAACUUGUUUGGAUUAUUCUCCUCUAGCUGGAGGAUUUGCUAUUGUUUUAAACAAUGGAAAAGCUGCAUUUUUAACAGCUCUAUCGUUGAAAUUUGAUCCCAAUCAAGUGCAGGGUGUUUGGGUUAAAGAUGUAGAUGAUGUUACUUGCACUGCUGUUAAUCAUAAAUAUAAAUUAAUGGCUUUUGGUAGAAAAAAUGGACAAGGCAUAGUAUUAUAUAUCGACGAGACUAGCGGUGCUCUAGAAUUAUCACAUAAUUUAAUAUUAUCAACCAAGGACUAUCCUGGAGUUACAGGGGCUGUUUCAUCUCUGAGAUGGACACCUGACAGUUGCGCAGUUGCAAUGGCAUGGUCCAGUGGAGGUAUAGCGCUAUGGAGUACGUUUGGUGCUCUGCUAUUGUGCACUUUAAAAUGGGAUUACGGUGUAAGUGACGAUCCUCUCAGAGGAAAUCACUUUUAUGUUACAUCAAUGGAGUGGUCAGCAGAAGGAUAUCAACUUUGGAUGCUGCAAGAAAAUUUACUUCUGAAAAGAAAAAAAAUAGAAGAGGAGAAGUCAAGUGGCAAUUGUAGUUCAGUAAUGCAGUGGAAUUUCGUUAAAAGUCCGCUCACAGUAAAUCCAUGCCUAUCACCAAAUGGUCACAUAUACUUGCAGGGCGAGGAUAGAUUAUACAUAAAUUUAGGUCACAAAAUGUUUUCGUCUCAUCCGAAGCACUUUUAUUCGAGCGAAGAGAGACUCGACGGUUUUCAUCACGUACUAACGGGUCGCAAGCAGUGGCUCGUGAUUCCCAUACCAAAAGCCUACACGCGCUGCAACUGGCCAGUAAGAUUCACGGCAAUCGACGAGGGUGGCAAGAGCAUAGCGAUAGCCGGGAAAACAGGUCUGGCUCAUUACUCCAUCAUAUCGAGAAAGUGGAAGCUGUUCGGCAACGAGUACCAGGAGCGGGACUUUGUGGUAACGGGGGGACUGCUGUGGUACCGAAGCUACUUGAUCACCAGUUGUUACUCCAUCCAGGACGACGAGGACGAGAUUCGAUUGUACUCGAAGGACUUUCGCCUCGACAACAGCUACGUCAGGUCGAUCAAGCUGAGCUCGCAAAUUCUGCUGAUGAAUUUGCUGAAGAACCUACUGCUGACGUUCUGCGCGAGCUCGCAGAUUCGCAUCUACAACAUAGUGCCUCGCAAGGUGAAAGGCGACAGCUGGAUCGAGCUGGUGCUCAUCCAGACGGUGGACAUCAGCGCGCUGUGCAGCCAUCCGGCCUGCGUCGUGAGCGCCAAUCUGUCGCUCGUGAGGACCGAAGCGGUCGAGCGCAGCUCGCCACCGGAGACUCUGCUGCUGAACAUAUCGGGCAAGCUGCUCAUGAUCCAGCGCGACUACUGGACCAAGAACUCGAACGCGUCGUUCGCCUGCGCCGUGCCGCUGGUGCUCGCGUCGAGCGUCGAGAACGUCUGGAUACCGAGCGAGUCGAGGCGGAGCAAGCAGCACCUCACCGAGGCCGUCUGGCUGUUCUGCGGCGCCCACGGCAUUCGAGUCUGGCUGCCGCUCUUCUCCAAGCACCAGCACGACAAGUCGCACUCGUUCAUCAGCAAGAGGAUCAUGCUGCCGUUCCACCUCAAGAUCCAUCCGCUGACGAUACUGUUCGAGGACGCGAUUCUGCUGGGCGCGGAAAACGACACCCUCAUGUACACGUCCAACAUCAUCGACUCGCCCUUCGUGCUGCCCUACUGCGUGCUCCAGCUGACCAGCCAGGUCUACCUGCACCAGAUACUGCGCCAGCUGAUUCAUCGCAACCUCGGCUUCCACGCCUGGGAGAUCGCUCGCUCGUGCUCGGGCCUGCCGUACUUCUCGCACUCGCUCGAGCUGCUGCUCCACGAGGUUCUCGAGGAGGAGGCGACGAGCAAGGAGCCCCUGCCGGACGCCCAGCUGCCGCCCGUCGUCGAGUUCAUCAAGGAGUUUCCGAAUCUCUGGGCACGCGCCGUCGUGCAGUGCGCGCGCAAAACCGAGAUAGCUCUCUGGCCCUAUCUGUUCGCGGUCGUCGGCACGCCCAAGCAGCUGCUGCAGACCUGCCUCAAUCGCAAGGAGCUCGAUACCGCGGCGAGCUAUCUCCUGAUCCUGCAGAGUCUCGAGGCCUCCUUCGUGAGCAAGCAGUACGCUACCCUGCUGCUCGACGCCUCGCUCGAGGACGCCAAGUGGGAGCUCUCGAGGGACCUCAUCAGAUUUCUAAGAGCCAUCGAUCCCAACGACGUCAAUUCCGACUCGCACAAGUCCUCCAGCAACGCCCUCAGCUGUCGGCGAAUAAUCGCCAAUCCGACGCUCUCGUCCCAGGACGAUCUGACCCUGGUCCUCGGAACCAUGCAGAUCUCGAGGAAUCGCAGCUCGAGUACGUCGACCACGCCCGAGAUUCACAGCCAAUCGAUGACGCGAUCGGCCAACGAGCCCUCCUCGUCUCCGCAAAACGACGACAAGUCCGGCUCGAAGCGCAAAAAGUCCGUGCCUAUCCUCUCCAACAUUCGAGAGCAAGACGCUACUCUGCGGGCUUCCAGCUCGACGAGCAACAACAACAACAGCAAUAACAACAACGACUCGGCCGAGGACUUUUUCAUCGACGUGAUGCUCAAGAGGCACGCGCGGAGAUUAUUAACGACCCAGCGGAUCCUCGAUCUGGGAUCGUUCGCCGCUCACCUGGACUUCCACCUGGUCAUCUGGUUGGCGAGGGAACGCGACCGGGCGGCGCGCGUCGACGAUUACGUGGCUGCCCUCAAGGCCGUUCACGCGCAGUUCUCCUAUCCUUAUCCGGUACUCAAGCUGCUCGAGAGCAACAGCAACGUCAUCGAGUCGAGCAGCCACCUGUGCGACAUACCCGAGUACGAGGACGAUCAGAAUCACGACGACUCCGAGUCGCUGCACUUCGACAGCGGCUACAUCAGCUCUUCCAAGGGCGGCAGCAAAUUUCUGCGCAAGAGCUACGCCCUGAGGACGAGCGGCAGCGUGACCGACGCCAGUCCCGACAUGAGCAGCUUCAUCGAGGGCAGCAGCGACAUGAACGACAACGCCAGCGUCACCAGCAACACCAGCACCCUCGACACGAUACUCUGGAUACCGACGAGCAGCAGCGCGACCGUGUCGGAACUUUUGGUGACCGAGGCCGCGGCCUCCUCGCACAACGCCGGCUCCGGCAACGACUGCGUCGUCUCGCGCUCCGAGGUCCGAUUGCGCUAUCUGCUGCAGCUCUUCCUCGAGGCUGGAUGUCUCGGCUGGGCGGCCAUCGUCGCCGUGGUGCUGCGCGACGCGUCGGCCGUCGCGAGGACGGUGAGAGCCGCCCACGCCACGGCUCAGACGCUCGACCUGACCAUCAACUUGCGCGACGGCCUGCUAAAGCUGCUCAAGUGGUCGCACUCCGAGUGCCUGGGCUAUCGGCGAUUCCUCGUCGAGCUGCAGGGUCAGAUAGCCCUGCUUCAGCGCUGUUGCGUCGACAAGCAGAAAAUCAACAACUCGUCUUUUCAAGACGUCACCGAGGAGGAAGCCGACGAUUUCACCGUAGAGACGCAAAAUCUCGUGCCGUCUUUGUCCUUCGAUGCGGAGAUGAAAAAUUUAUCCAGCAGCUACGGUCCCGAAGCUACGGUCCCGAGAGCUUUCAUAGAGAACGAACCUCAGCAGCAGCAUCAGCCGCAGCUGCAACAACGCAGCCACUCGGUCGAGUAUUUACAAAGCGAUAAUCAAAGAACUUCCUGUCUUAUAUCUUAAACGAUCUUAUUAUUUUAUUGUUUUUCUUAUUCUUUAUGGAAUGUCCGAAAAAUCAAUUUGUUCAAUUCGUUUGUAAAUAAUACUGUAGAAACAUGUUGUGGCGGUAGUAAUUAUGUACAAAAGUUUUCUCGAUAGUUUAUCAUGUGCAUAUUGAAACAAAUUGUAUAAAUUAUUGAAAUUGAAUAAAUGGAGAUUUUUAUAAUUAA